AGUUGUGAUUUCAAAUCAGAUGUACUCAUUAUACUCAUUCAAAUAUAUCCACUGUUAGAAUUUUUUUUUUCGAAAAUCGCACUGACGAAAUGUUCGUUAUCCAUCUGUUUUUAUUUUUCGCAUUAGUGUACAAUUCUAGUCAAGCAGGUAUAACUCAACAGUUGCAACAGUUUAUCCUAAAAGAACUAACCAACGCUACGUUGGGAUUGAAUAUUACUCUACAUGAAGAUGUUGGACUAGAUAUCAACCAUUUCCUAAGAAAAUAUAACUACCCUUUGGAGACCCACUGGGUGACAACAGAAGACGGUUACAUCUUGAGGCUGCACCGUAUCCGAAAGCACUCGCCUGGCAAUGGAAAAGCCAAACCACCAAUUUUGCUCAUGCACGGCUUAUCCAGCAGUUCCAUUGACUGGGUCAACAUGGGUCCCAAAUCAGCCCUGGGAUUGAGGCUAGCAGAUGCCGGCUAUGAUGUCUGGCUUGGCAACAAUAGAGGCAACACAUGGUCUAGGUUCCAUCAGACACUGGAUCCUGAUGUUGAUGCCAAAAAAUUCUGGGAUUUCAGCUUCGAAGAAUGUGGGCUGUAUGAUUUGCCAGCAAAAAUCGAUUACAUAUUGAAUAUGACUGGACACAGUCAAAUUCUGUACGUGGGACACUCCCAAGGCUCCAGCCAAUUCUUCGCCAUGGCCGCAUUGAGGCCAGAAUACAAUGACAAAAUAGCUCUGAUGACUGCCUUAGCACCUGUUGCCUAUAUGGGAAAUAUCAGUAGUCCUUUAAUCAAAGUGGCCGUUAAAUUCUAUGAUCAAUUGAAACUAGUCAUCGAUGUUCUGGGAUUACAUGAGCUUAUACCCCACUCAUGGUUCAUUCAGGAAUUGGGUAAACUUAUGUGCUCCGAUGGAUCGCCAAUUCAAAAAUAUUGUGUCACAUUGAUAUUUAGUCUGGUAGGAUUCGACUCACCUCAGCUCAAUACAACCUUCAUUCCUGUUAUCACAUCCAAUGCACCUGCCGGUAUCUCUGCCAAAAUGGUCAUUCAUUUCGCCCAGAACAUCAAAAAGGGUACUUUCAACCGAUACGAUUAUGGAUUAGAAAACUACAAACAUUACAACAAAAGCUUUUCUCCUCCAGCUAUUAACGUGUCGGCAAUAACAUCGCCUGUUGUUUUGUAUUAUGCCCAAAAUGAUCUUUUGUCUUCAGUGACGGACGUGGAACGUCUCGCAACAGAGCUUCCCAAUGUCGUUAGGCAUGUGCAUAUCAACUACACACUGUUCAAUCAUUUGGACUACAUAUUCGCUACUGAUAUAAAUGCUUUGUUGAACGACGAUUUGAUUGAAUACAUAGACACAUUUAUCAAAAAUCGACCCGAACCUACCACAAGUACCACAGAAGGAACAGAAGCUACAACAAAGCAUAACAGUGGGAACUCUAUUUCAUUAUCGUCACUUGUCUUUGUAAUUACUUUUAUUACCCGAUAUUUUACUGAAUAAAGAAGUUGAGUGAAAACG